GGUUACCGGAAGAUGUUAAGGUUGACCUAUAGGGCGGCUUGUGUGUAGGGUGAACGCUGGAGCUGCCGGCCUUUCCGCGCCACAUGGUGUAAGCCGCGGCCACCCGACUCCACCCGGAUCUGUGGCGCUAAGGCGCCAGAGCCACGUGCGACAUGUCGGGGCUCCGUACGGCCGACUUCCCUCGCUGGAAACGCCACAUCGCGGAGGAGCUGCGGCGCCGCGACCGGCUGCAGAGGCAGGCGUUCGAGGAGAUCAUCCUGCAGUAUAACAAGUUGCUGGAAAAGUCCGAUCUUCAUUCAGUGUUGGCCCAGAAACUACAAGCUGAAAAGCAUGAUACCCCAAACCGGCAUGAGAUAAGUCCUGGACACGAUGGCACAUGGAAUGACAGUCAGCUACAAGAAAUGGCCCAGCUGAGGAUUAAACACCAGGAAGAACUGACUGAGUUACACAAGAAACGAGGGGAGUUAGCUCAGUUGGUGAUCGACCUGAAUAACCAGAUGCAGCAGAAGGACAGGGAGAUGCAGAUGAACGAAGCAAAAAUCACAGAAUGUUUGCAGACUAUCUCUGACCUGGAGACAGAGUGCCUGGACCUGCGCAGCAAGCUCCAGGACCUUGAGAUAGCCAACCAGACCUUAAAAGACGAAUAUGACGCCCUGCAAAUCACCUUCACUGCCUUGGAGGAGAAACUGAGGAAAACUACCGAGGAGAACCAGGAGCUGGUCACCAGGUGGAUGGCCGAGAAGGCCCAGGAGGCCAAUCGCCUUAAUGCAGAGAACGAAAAGGACUCCAGACGACGGCAAGCGCGACUUCAGAAGGAGCUCGCGGAAGCAGCGAAGGAGCCUCUGCCAGUGGAGCAGGACGAUGACAUUGAAGUCAUUGUGGACGAGACCUCGGAUCACACAGAAGAGACCUCUCCUGUGCGGGCCAUCAGUAGAGUAGCCACUAAGCGACUCUCGCAGCCUGCUGGAGGUCUUCUGGACUCUAUCACUAAUAUCUUUGGUCUGUCCGACUCUCCCCUUUUGGGACAUCAUUCUUCUGAUGCUGCCAGGAGACGCUCUGUCUCUUCCUUCCCAGUCUCCCAGGACGUAAAUGUGGAUGCUCAUCCUGGUCCCGGUAAAGACGUGAGGGUCCCGACCACUGCCUUGUGUGUCUUUGAUGCACAUGAUGGGGAAGUGAAUGCCGUGCAGUUCAGCCCAGGCUCCCGCCUGCUGGCCACAGGAGGCAUGGACCGGAGGGUGAAGCUGUGGGAGGUACUCGGAGACAAAUGUGAGUUCAAGGGGGCGCUGUCUGGCAGUAACGCUGGAAUUACAAGCAUUGAAUUUGAUAGUGCUGGAGCUUACCUCUUAGCAGCUUCAAACGACUUUGCAAGCCGAAUCUGGACAGUGGAUGAUUAUCGGUUACGGCACACACUCACAGGCCACAGUGGAAAAGUGUUGUCUGCCAAGUUCUUGUUGGACAACGCACGGAUCGUCUCGGGGAGCCACGACCGGACCCUCAAACUCUGGGACCUGCGCAGCAAAGUCUGCAUAAAGACCGUGUUUGCUGGAUCCAGUUGCAACGACAUUGUCUGCACGGAGCAGUGUGUAAUGAGUGGACAUUUUGACAAGAAAAUCCGUUUCUGGGACAUCCGGUCAGAGAGUGUGGUCCGGGAGAUGGAGCUGCUGGGCAAGGUCACUGCCCUGGACUUGAACCCCGAGAGGACUGAGCUGCUGAGCUGCUCGCGGGACGACCUGCUGAAAAUCAUUGACCUGCGGACCAAUGCCGUGAAGCAGACCUUCAGUGCUCCCGGCUUCAAGUGUGGCUCGGACUGGACCAGAGUGGUUUUCAGGGCAGGACACCAGGCUCUUCAGGGUCUGCAGCCCUCACGCUAUCCCUUCCUCCAGCCCCGAUGGCAGCUACGUAGCAGCAGGCUCAGCCGAAGGCACACUCUUCGUCUGGAGCACGCUCACAGGGAAAGUGGAGAAGACACUCUCCAAGCACCACAGCUCAUCCAUCAACGCAGUGGCCUGGGCGCCCUCCGGCCUGCAUGUCGUCAGUGUGGACAAAGGCAGCAAAGCCGUGCUGUGGGCACAGCCAUGACUCAGGAGAAGCCUGGGGGCCCCCAUGGUCCUGUCCUGGUGGUGAAGUGUCCUCCAGAGAAGAGCUCACAUGCAGCACGGUGGCCUCCUGCUGUCCCUGCUGUGCUCCCUGCCGUCUGCGCAGAAACACCAAGUGCUCUGGGCUCCAUACCUCACUGGGGAGCAGGGCCAGGCUCACCCUGCAUGCCCCCCUUUCCAGAGUCAGGCCUAGCUGGGCUGCAGGGACUCCUGCGGGGCCUCUGGGUGGCUGCAGCCUCCUCUGCUGUAGUGACUCGUUCCUGCUGAGCAUCCUUAGGUCCCCAACGAGCCUUCUGAGCCUCAGGCCCCCUUCCCAGGGCUUCUGCACAUCCCCUGCUCGGUCAGGACAUUGGAGAGGGCACAACCAGCCUAGCUUUUCCAGUGAGGUGUGGUGCAGUGUCACCACAGAUGCCAGGGAUGGGCACACACUGCAUCAUGCUGGUGACAGGAGCCCCAGGCCUGGCAUAUACCUCCCUGGGGCUGAGCCAGCUGCACCUGGUAUCUAUUGCAGGAAGCCCUGUGUGGGGCAGCCCUGUGUCCCUGUCCCCUCCCAAGGCUGUGACGAAGGCCAAGCACGGUUACCUUCCUCGAGUGCCUGUAUGCAGGGCCUUGCCUCUGUGUCUGGGGCCUGAAAUGCCCUUCUGUCGCAUUGUCGUAAUUUGCACUUUAUUUCCUCCCACACUGCGCCUGUUCCUGGCCACUCUCGACACUGUCCAGAGGCCCCAGGCUGGGAGUGGCAGGAGCUCACGGGCUGGGGUCCCCCCAUUAUUUAUUUAUGUUGCCAAACAACUAUCAUAAAUUUUUAAAAAUUG